CGACUUGAUCAAGAUGAAACUGUUCGUAUUCCUGGCCUUGGCCGUGGCCGCGGCUACGGCUGUGCCCGCUCCCGCCCAGAAGCUGACCCCGGUGCCCAUGAAGGACAUCCAGGGUCGCAUCACCAACGGCUACCCGGCCUACGAGGGCAAGGUGCCCUACAUCGUGGGCCUGAGCUUCAGCGGCAACGGCGGCAACUGGUGGUGCGGAGGCUCCAUCAUCGGCAACACCUGGGUCCUGACCGCCGCCCACUGCACCAACGACGCCAACGGAGUGACCAUCAACUACGGAGCCAGCAUCCGCACCCAGCCACAGUACACCCACUGGGUGGGCAGUGGCGACAUCAUCCAGCACCACCACUACAACAGCGGCAACCUGCACAACGACAUCUCCCUGAUCCGCACCCCGCACGUGGACUUCUGGAGCCUGGUCAACAAGGUGGACGUGCCCAGCAAGAACGACCGCUACCAGGACUACGCCAACUGGUGGGCCGUGGCCUCCGGAUGGGGGGGCACCUACGACGGCAGCCCGCUCCCCGACUGGCUCCAGAGCGUGGAUGUCCAGAUCAUGUCCCACAGCGACUGCAGCCGCUACUGGUCCCUCCACGACUACAUGAUCUGCAUCAACACCGACGGCGGCAAGUCCACCUGCGGAGGCGACUCCGGUGGCCCCCUGGUCACGCACGAUGGCAACCGCCUGGUCGGAGUGACCUCCUUCGGCUCCGCCAGUGGCUGCCAGUCCGGCUACCCCGCCGUCUUCACCCGCGUCACCGGAUACCUCGACUGGAUCAGCGACAACACCGGCAUCUCCAACUAAGCAGCUGAAUGUUAUCCCAGUUCUAACUGGGCUCUUUAAUAAACGAUAUAGCAAAUGAA